AUGAGACCCAUCCUCCUCUCUGGGCACGAGCGUGCCCUCACCCAGAUCAGAUACAACCUGGACGGUGACAUCAUCUUCUCCGUCGCCAAGGAUCAGCAAAUCUGCGCCUGGUUCUCCCACAAUGGCGAGCGUCUCGGCACCUACCACGGCCACGUCGGUGCCAUCUGGACCGUCGACGUCGAUCCCACCACCACCAUGAUCGCCUCGGGCGCGGCCGACAACACCAUCCGCCUCUGGGAGGUCAAGACCGGCCGCUGCCUCAAGACCUGGGAGUUCCCCACGGCCGUCAAGCGCGUCGAGUUCAACGAGGAUGGCACCAAGCUGCUCGGCGUCACCGAGAAGCGCAUGGGCUACCUGAGCAACAUCGUCGUCAUGGAGAUCAACCCCGACGUCAACGCCGAGCAGUCCGAGGAGCGCCUUCUCACCAUCGUCUGCGACGAGAGCAAGGCCACCGUCGCCGGCUGGAGCGCCAUGAACAAGUACAUCAUCGCCGGCCACGAGGACGGCAGCAUCUCGCAGUACGACGGCAAGACGGGCGAGCUGCUGGACAAUGUGCCCAUCCACGAGCUGAACAACCCCAUCGUCGACCUUCAGUGGUCCGCGGACCGCACCUACUGCAUCACCGCCUGCAAGGACAAGACGGCCAAGCUCAUCUCGGCCCGCGACCUCGAGGUCAUGAAGAACUACCCCGCCGACACGCCACUCAACAGCGCAUGCAUCGUCCCCAAGAAGGACUUUGUCAUCCUCGGCGGUGGUCAGGCCGCCAUGGACGUCACGACGACGGCCGCUCGCCAGGGUAAAUUCGAGGCCCGCUUCUAUCACAAGAUCUUCGAGGACGAGAUCGGCCGUGUCCGCGGCCACUUCGGUCCGCUCAACACCGUUGCCUGCGACCCCACGGGCAAGAGCUACGCGAGCGGCGGCGAGGACGGCUACGUCCGCGUUCACCACUUCGACAAGGGUUACUUUGACUUCAUGUACGAGGUCGAGAGGGAACGCGCGAACCGGAUGCAGUAA